AUGGGUUUUCAUGUUGAGAAAUUUGUAAGUAAAAUAUCGGAGGACAAGAAGUGUGGUCUGUGUCAACGUGUAUUGGAUAACCCAGUAAGUACCCCUUGUGGUCAUAAGUUCUGUACAGGGUGCAUCUUACCCUGGCUUAUGAAGCAUGGGAAGUGUCCUGAAAAAUGUCGAGGCCUCUCUCCCGAGCAAUUAGAAAGUGUCCUCCCUUUACGUGAAUCUAUUCUAAACAUGGAAGUACACUGUGAAUUCCGAGAACGUGGAUGUACCCAUGUAAUGAAGCUCUGCGAGGCUGAAGGCCAUAGUCAGGAGUGCGACUUCCGACCAACCCUUUGUGGUCUUGACAGCUGCGAUGCUAUUCUGUCACUGAAGGAACUGUCUCGGCACCAGACACAGGACUGCCCCUAUAGGCCCGUGGGUGUCUGCCAGCAAGGCUGUGGACUUAUCUUGCAACACAAUAGUUCCGACAAGCACAAAUGCUUGCUGGCUCUAAGAGCACAUAUCGCAACCCAAGACAAUCAAAUAAAUUCUCUGGAAUUGGAAAUGAAGCGAGUUCUUUCAAAGUUUUCGAAGCGUGAAAAGUCGCUACUUUUGACGAUUUCGAACCUGCAGCAGGAACUACAAUACCAGGCUGCAGAAUUCCAACGCCUUCUCCACGACUGGAGUCUGCAAUAUAACCAGGCAGACGUGUAUUCCACUCCUCUCAAACUUACCCUCUGGAGACUCAACAACUCUCUUGGCUUUAACAUCAUGGGAGGAUUUUCGACUGAAGAUGACGACAACAAUAACAGUCGAAAAACUGAAGAUGGCACGGAGGGCAUUGUGGUGUCAAAGGUCAUGGAAGGAGGGUCAGCAGAGAAGACUGGACUACAAGUGAAUGACCACAUAGUCAAAGUAAAUGGUCAGGAUUUAUCCAAGUCAUCACACGAAGAAGCCGUUGAGGCCUUCCGCACUGCGCAAGAACCCAUUGUGGUUGAGGUUCUACGCAGGGUCAACAAAAAUAAAAUGAAAAAUAGAUCUCCAACCAUGGUAUCCAUAGGAACACAAACAGAAGAAGAAAUUUACGGAUUUAAUCGUCCACCAACACCACCUCCUCCCGUCUUUCCAUUUCCUGCCAGUGGGUUAUAUCAGCCAUCGUCAAGGCGACCAGUAGCAUUUUCAGCCAGUACCGAGAUGGGUCUCACAGACAUUGAAAUGGCCCAUGGUUUUGAGUAUGAUGAUGCAUAUUUUGAUGAGCGAGGAUAUGACAUGGAAUAUGAGGAGGUGAUUCUACAUCGAUCAUCAAACAGUGAGAAGCUGGGUCUGACGUUGUGUUACGGUUCUGUGGAGGAAGGCAUGACGGACAUUUUCAUCAGUGAGGUGGAAACAGAGAGUGUAGCUUUCAAAAAUGGUCAGAUUCGUGAAGGAGAUCAAAUAUUACAGAUUAAUGGCAUUGAUGUACAGAGCCGGGAACAAGCUAUAAAACUAUUUUCUGAGAGAGGAACAGACAUUCGAUUGCUUCUUGCCAGACCAGCUCAGCUACAGCUGGAUGAUGGGUUCAUGGAAGAACAGAAUGGGGUUCUUGAUGACUUUCAAAUGGACAUUUUGGAAAAACAUCACCAUGACAACAUGCAAAUCAUGGCCUCCAUGUUGGCUAGGGGUCAUUUUGAUGAGGAAGGUGGGACAACAGACACUGCUACCACGGAAAACUCCCUGCACAAACACGAAAAAGAUAGUGGUGUGGGACGUACAGAUGAGAGUUUAAGGAAUGAAGAGAGUUCCGAACAGGAUGUGUACGAGUCAGAGUUUACCAACUCUCCAGCAGCUACAUCAAAAUUCCGCCCAAAUUACAAGCACCUGAAGGAUGAACAGCAUUAUAGUGACGAGAGCUUCCUGUCAACAGAGGUUGUGGACCAGGAGGGUAUGGUACAGAUGAUUCCGCCGGAUGUGUGCGAGAGAUUUCGUGAGGACUUGGCGCGUAGAUGUGGGGAGAUGCGUGGAGAAGAGAUGUUGAUGAGGAAAGACUCUCAAAGUAGUAUAGAACAGGAGCUAGCUAUCCUCAACAAAGAGAUGGAGGAUAUUCAGCUCGAGUGUCAGGAACUCGCAAAUGCUCGCAUGCGUGACCAGUCCAAAGCGCAGAGUCCUCGUGAUCAAACACCAUAUCGUAGUCCCAGAAUUGUGCCCCGUAUGGGAACACGUCUUGAAUUUAUGAAGCAUGUGCAAUUAUAUGACCAAAUAGACAGUCUGGGUCGAAAGGAUACACUGCCCUCUAUAAAGGGGUUGACAAUUGGCGGUAAAGCUUCCUCAGAUAAAGGGGACCGUGAUGCUUCGACCACAAGUGCUUAUAACACUGGGGAGAGCUGUCGUAGCACCCCACUCACCCUUGAACUUAAUCAAACGUCGGAUGAGGGCGAGAAAGGAUUCAAAAACUCUAUGCUGUGUUUAGCCCCCAUACCGAGUGUUCCUACAAUGACAUCGCUAAGUGAUACAGAAAAACAAACACAGACUCCUUGUAGGUCUCAUGAGAGUUCCAGUGAGGAUACGUUUUUAGCGGCAAAUACUCCCUCAGACUCUGUACCUUCUGGUACUCCCUUACUUCAACAACAGAAAAAUAAAAUGGGUGAAUCCCUGCAGGACUUGUACAUGAAAUACGCAGAUGUGAUGUAUACUAACCAAGCCAACCUCCAGCACACCAUUCAAAUUCAGCAGAAACUGUUUCAACAGCAGAUGGACCAGAAACGGCCACGUAAUUCUGGACCCUAUGCUUCAAGUGGCAGUGGGUCAACACAUGUACUGCCACCUGGUGGACAGUCCCCUGGAAAUGCCACUCCGCCUGGCAGUGGGGAAAUGGAAUGGGUUGUAAAACGUCGUCCCGAUGGCACACGCUAUAUCACAAGGCGACCAAUCAGAAACAAGAUGCUCAAGGAACGAGCAAAAAAGAUUUCUGAAGAGCGUUGUGGGAUGACUACAGAUGAUGAUGCAAUGAGUGAAUUAAAGACUGGGCGAUACUGGUCAAAAGAGGACAAGAAACGGCAUAUAGAAAAAGCCAAGGACCAUAAAAAACGCAGGGAGCUUAUGAUGAAAGCUAAAAUGGAAACUCUAAAAGAAACUGAAGAGAAAAAGGAGGUGAAUGUCGUAGAGUUAGGUCACCGUAAAAUGAUGAAGCACAAGGGCAAGAAAGUAUUUGAUGAUUUCACUACAGUACAGGAGAUGUUAGCCCAUGGAAGUCGCGUGCCUGAGGGCAAAACAUAUAAUCCCUUACUGUCAGUGACAACCGUGUGA